AUGAGGCGCGUCUUCGGUGUGAAGAAGGAGAAGGCGCCCGGGCCGACCGUGGAGGAGGCGACUCAAAGGAUUAAUAAGCGUGGCGAUGCAAUCGAUGAGAAGAUUAAGAAGCUAGACGGGGAGCUGUUCAGGUAUCGGGAGCAGAUCAAGAAGACUCGGCCAGGCCCUGCGCAAGAGGCCGUGAAGGCCCGUGCCAUGCGAAUUUUGAAGCAGAAGAAAAUGUACGAAGGUCAACGGGAUCAAUUGUACAGUCAAACUUUCAACUUGGAGCAGGUUGCGUUUGCGACAGAAGGGCUCAAGGAUGCUCAACAAACGAUGUCAGCCAUGAAAGCCGCGAACAAGGACUUGAAGGGAACCAUGAAGACGCUGAAGAUCGAUGAUAUCGACAAAAUGCAAGACGAAAUGAUGGACUUGGUGGACUACAGCUCCGAGAUCCAGGAGACGCUGGGUCGCAGUUAUGGCGUACCCGAAGACUUCGACGAAGAAGAGCUGAUGGGAGAGUUGGAUGCUUUGGAAGCCGACAUGGGGUUGGAGGCAGAACCGGAUGCAAUGCCAUCUUACUUGCAAGACGACAAGGAGGAGAUGGAUCUACCCGCCGCUCCGUCCGGCCACGCUCAGCCGCAGGCUGCAGAAGCGGACGAGUACGGGUUGCCAACAGUUCCAAGGGCAGGGAUACGAACGUGAGGAGUUGCGGGUGGAUCGGAAAGCGGUAGGUAAAGGGAGACGGGAAGCAGAUCCGCGGGGUAGCGUUUGGAGAGCAUGUUCGUGACGCAAAUGAACAGUUGGAGAGAACAUGGAAAAGGGGAAGCGACGCGGAGACGUUGCGAAGUGUGGAGGAGCAAUCGCCAUCGAUAUUCUUGUGAGCGGACGGACGAAUCCGUGGGUAAUUGUAGGUGGAUUUGUGUACAUUAGGGAACUAUGGAACAGAGCGGAUGUAGGGGGUGGAAGGGGCGCUUUGUGUACAAAAGCAAACAGGGAGUGCCGGCAGCUGCUGGGCAGUGACCUGGUAAUUAGCUUAGUCGCGACUGUGUGGCUAACCCACAGUGGAAAAGCAUUGGGCAAUCGGAUUCGUGGUUUCUUUCAGUAUUUGAUUUGUCUGUGAAUGUAGACUAUAUUGGUAGUGUUGAAACAGUCAGUCGGGUUUAGGUUAUAUUUCUCUAAACUUAUUCUUUUGUGCUUUUGUAUUUAUGGGACGUAGUGUUGGGUUAUAGUUGCGCGCUUCGAUGUGAAUUGGAUCUGGGUUGUUGAUGUAGUAAUAUCUGUUCAGCGAAUAGGCUACCUCGCCGGAGAGAAAUUCGUUAUGUGGCUAACCAGAGUUGGUUCUUGAUUGUUAGCCUACUUUUGCAUUUUGACAUUGCAAGUCUGAAUAUUGAAUGAUACUCGCCAGUUUGGACCA